UAUUCAACAAAAAUUAGAUGUAUAAAAAAAAUGAUUCACAUAUGAAAAAAUUAUAUUGUAAACACAUUUGAAAUGGUGUGGAGGACUGUGGUAAGUGUUGUGAUAAAAAAUAAAAUUAUCAUAUAAAGAUGCAAAAAAAAAAAAUCCAUUUACAUGUGUCACACUUAUCAAAUUUUCACUAAAGAUGGUGUUUAAAUGUUGGUUGGGGCCAGAGAGAUAAUGCAUGCAAUGUGGAAGCCACAAAAGUUCAAGGCAAUAUAUUUGUUGGCUACCCUGUAUGUGCUCACACUGACGCUACCGUCCGCAGCAGCAGUCUAUUGGGCAUUUGGAGACAUGCUUCUCAAUCACUCCAAUGCCUUUGCUCUCCUCCCUAGAACUCCCUUCAGAGACAUGGCUGUCAUUCUCAUGCUCAUCCAUCAGUUUAUUACAUUUGGGUUUGCAUGCACGCCCUUAUAUUUUGUGUGGGAGAAGGCAAUAGGAAUGCACGAUUGCAAGAGCAUGUGUAAGCGUGCGGCAGCGAGAUUGCCUGUGGUCAUCCCCAUAUGGUUCUUAGCUAUCAUCUUCCCGUUCUUUGGUCCCAUCAACUCCACCGUUGGAUCACUUCUCGUUAGCUUCACAGUUUACAUCAUCCCCGCUCUCGCCCACAUGAUCAUCUUCAAAUCAGCAGCAGCCCGUGAGGUAACAUACUAAUAUGCUGCACCUGCACACACCAUAUCCUAGUCUUCGUAAUUUUGCAAAAUUUAAGAUUAAUUACGCUUGAAAUCAUUCUAUUUUAUCAAAAUUUCAAUUUUACCCCUCCACUCUUAUUUUUUUACUGUCAAUUCUUAAAUUUUUAAUCAAAUUUCAAUGUCACCAUUUCAUUUAAUUGAUGACAAUGAGAUUGGCAGAA